UGGCUUGAUGAAUGCUCGGACUUGCACGAAGAUUGUCCCCGGGACCAAGCUGCUGAACUUCCAUCACGUGUUCUGGAUGUUGGUCCUUGUGAUGGAUCUGAGGAACCAAAGCUAUUCGAGACCAACGGCGGAUCUGAACGAUACAUGGCGCUAAGUUAUUGCUGGGGGUUAGGACAAGCUCUCACAACCACUACUUCGAACAUCGAGGAACGAAAACGCCGCAUUCUUCUAUCAGACUCCCCUCCCACAAUCCGAGACGCCAUUCUGGUUUGCCGGGAGCUGUCUUGCCGGUACUUGUGGGUUGACGCAUUGUGUAUCAUCCAGGAUUCGGCCACAGAAUGGGAAUAUGAAGCUUCGAGGAUGCAAUCUGUGUAUAAGAAUUCCUGGGUCACUAUUGUCGCCGAAUCAGCUGACAGCACAGAAUGUGGUUUUCUUCAUGGACGAGAUACUAGAAUAUGGGACCAGAAAGCACCUCUAAAAACACGAGGCUGGACCUUGCAGGAAAAUCUUCUCGCACCUAGAAGAUUGACAUAUCGUCAUGACAGUCUCUCUUUCGAAUGUCAAUCGAUCCUCGAAGAGGCUGAUCUCUUGUCUUCCUGUCGAAAACUGGAAUCUUUAUCUAAGGGGCAAAGCUACGAUGUUUGGAAUACAGUUGUCAGGGAAUACUCCAAACGCUAUCUGACGCAGGAGAAAGACAUAUUUCCUGCUCUGUCCGGCCUUGCCAAGAAAUUUCAAUGCAUUAACCAAGAUGUCUAUCUAGCGGGGCUCUGGAAGAAGCAGCUCCUGUCCGGCUUACUCUGGACUGGAGAAAAUUUCCUUACUUCUCGUCCUCUUCUGAAGGAAUAUCGAGCUCCUUCGUGGAGCUGGGCAAGCCAUAACGGCAGAACCAGCUAUUUUGUCGGUAAC